CCAAAAACUGAACAUAGUGCUGAAUGCUUUGCCUAAAGCUACUCCUUAAAUUUAAUACAACACAGAGCAACUCUCACAUGCUGUACAAGGAGGUUUAUAAUACAUCAUUAUAACUUGAGGCCAGUGUUGGUUAGGGUAAUCGUUUGUUCUCCAGAGCCAGUAGGCUGGUUUGUGUACAGGAAGUGGGAGAGGAAGACUUUCAAACACUGUAAAACAUUUUUGGAUUAAAUAUUAAGCUAUUCGGUAACAGAAAAAUACAGACCUUUUUUAGAGUUUUAUAGUAACAAACUGGCAACAUGGGUUUGUCUUAUCCAACCUGUGACAUUUAUUAUACUGUAUGUCAUCCCAAACCUUUAUCCAAGUCACCUGGUACUAACCUUUCUAAUAAUGGCCUCAUGGGAACACAACACUCAGACCAUUACUGUAACUUUAGGGUUCAACAUUUUGGAAAAUAAGCAUUUUAAAUUCAUUAACUGAAAAGGUGAGAAUAUCAGCAGUGUUUGAUACAUCCAUUAACACAUGGUCUGCUGGUGUGUGUUUGUUCAUGUGUGGACUGAAUGACCCUCACAGACAGAACAACUGAACUUUACAUAUUUCCUCUCCAUGUUCACCGUCUUUCCUCACAGCCAGUCACUCUACCAGCAACUGAGGUUGAGGCAGGUGAAGUUCUAUUCAGCAGCACUUCCAGCUACUCUGUUCUGGAGUUUAUUGGUGAAGGCUGCUUUGGUAGAGUUGCCAAGUGCCAAAGGCUGGAGACAGAAGAGAGUUGCUGUAAAGAUCCUCAAAGACUUUUAUGAUGUCAAGGACAAAGAGGUGUCCAUGUUAGAACACAUCAGUGUCCUGAAUCAAGACCAGACCAACAUAGUGAAGUUCUUUGAGCGGUUUGAUCAUAUGGGACAGACCUGUCUAGAAUUUGAGAUGCUGGAUGGGAGUCUCUAUGAUCUGCUCCAAGAACAAAGUGGGAAACCACUGUCUGUGAAAGAGGUGCGACCAAUUGCACAGCAGAUGUUAGUCGUUUUGGAUGCCCUCAAGGGUCUUGGUGUCCUGCAUACUGACAUUAAACCUGACAACAUUAUGUUAGUCAACCAGCAGGACCAGCCCUUCAGGGCUCCAGAGGUUGCUCUCGGUCUGCCCUUUGUUGAGUCUAUUGAUGUGUGGGGAGUUGGCUGCGUCCUGGCCUACCUCUACCUCGCUGAUUACCUCUACCCCUUAGUCUGUGAAUAUCAGAUGGUGAAGCGCAUAGUUGAGGUUCUGGGUCAACUGGAGAACCACCUGCUCUGAGCUGGGAAAUAUGCCGAGCACUUGUUCAGCCAGAAGGAAGGAAGCUGCUAAUGGUCCAACAUGGAGGCUGAUGUGUUCCUUCAGACACCAGACGAAUACGCAAAUGCCCAUGAUUUGAUACAGAGAAAAGUGAUCCUGACCUGCCCAGCUCUCUGGAUGACCUGGUUAAUGUAGGUACUCUCUGCUGUGUUGUAUAAGUUAAGACUGAAUGAGAUGCUGUCAUUCAUCAGUGUCAGAGAAGUAGGGGCUGACCAACUGAACUUAAUCUGUUUCCACAUGCAGGUCUAUACGAAAGAGAAUGCUGAGGAGUUUAAGGGCAGGACAGUGUUUAUAGACCUCCUGAAACUGCUGCUGCAUCCUGUUGGGGAUCAGAGAAUCUCUCCCCAUCACGCUCUGCAGCACAGUUUCAUCACCGUGUCCCACCUGACUGAGCACCCUGACAGCAGUGACUGUGUCUGGUAGUAAAUAUCUCAUGAGGACUUGGAUGUACAGAUGGCUUCACUGAUUGACUUUUGUACUUGAUCCAGUCUGGCCACCUCCUGAGCUCUGAUGAGUUCCUGCCCAAUGGAGGAGUCAGCAGACCAGAUGAACACCUCUGCAGCCACCACAGGGUCAACUUGUCAAGGAGAUCCAUCUGCCUGGUCUGAGGGAGAACUUCUUAAGGUCUCCUGUGACACCGAGCCAUCAGACUGGUCUACUGAUGAAGGACUUGCUAUUGUCACCUGGGACAGAGAGUUCUGAUUGGUCUUCUGAUGGAGCUCGACCUGAAGAUGCAGCAGCUUUGAGGUCUUCUGAUGAAGGACGUUCCCUCUCCAAUGAUGAAGACCUUAGUCUCUGUUGUUUUAGCUUCUUCAGAAAAGCAUGAAGACAGAACUUCAUCUAAAGACCAGACUGCACUGCUACAGCCUCAGUCUCCUCUGGUUGAAACUUGCUCGACA